AUGGUUGAGCGGUCGCCCGACGACGUUACGGAACUCUUGGGAUCGACAUUCGCUCGUCUAGCUCGUUCAGGGACCAUUUUGGUUGAUCAGAGUCCGCCACCUGAACCAAAGAACUGGGAAUUGGACACCGCCGACGAUCUUCGCCGCCGCAACACCGAGAACUCUUCUUCAUCAUCGUCGUCGUCGUCGACUGGAAAAGGCACAUCGACAUCCACGCUGGCGCCUACUACUACGUCCAGCGGCAUUGCCGUUGCGGCGACGGAGACGGCCACUUCUCUGCCAACCCCUUUCGAUACCGGCUUCAAUAAUAAUAUUACCACCAACUGUCAAUCUUUCAUGACCUCUAUGCUCUCGAACAGCACCUUCAAAUCAUGCCUGCCAUUCUCUCUCCUCCUCCAAAACUCCAACUCCUUCUUCCAAGCCUCGAAAUCUCUCGUUCGAAUCACUCAAACUCUCGACUACUCCUGCGCAGCAAAUGUAACGACUUGCUCAGCAGUAAUGGCUUCCUUUGCCAGCAACAUCACCAGCACAUCCGCCUGUUCGAGCGACCUCGCAUCUCAGAAUCCAACAAUCCAACAAGCCCGUCUGGGACUCCUCGCAUACCGACCUCUGUACUCUGCAUCGUGCCUGCGCAACCCCUCGACGUCGGCAUACUGUUUCGCAGACGCGAUAACAAACAGCAGCAACCCGACCGACAGCUACAUCUACUUCCUCCCACUAAACGUAAGCCUAGUUGGCGGAAGUCAACCGACGUGCGAUAGUUGUCUCAAGAACACCAUGUCCGUCUUCGAGGCCGCGAGCUCCGACCGUAGUAGCGCGCUAGCGAGCGACUACGUGAGUGCAGCGAUGCAAGUGAACGUUAAAUGCGGCCCGAAUUUCGUGAACCAGAGUCUAGCCGCGGCCAUCACGUCCGGCUCACCGUCGUCGUUACCGGGCCCGAGUGUCGGCUUGUUCGCGUUAGUGUUGUUGGUCGCGAGUUGGUUGCUUUGA